GAAAAAGUGUUCAAGAUAUUUAAUUCUUCUUAUGCAUAUUAGUCCACAUAGUUCAAUGGCUGUGGAGGGGGAGGUUCAACUGAGGGUAAACUCUAGGAAUUGGUGUAAGGUGGUGUAUCCAAUGGAGAUAAACCCAUCUUUGCCUUCAAAAGUUGAAUACAGGAAAGUGAAGCAUUUCAAGGAAUGGUUUCCUUGGUUGAUUCCCUUCUUUGUCAUUCUCAAUGUCAUUGUGUUCAUCAUCACAAUGUAUGUCAAUGAAUGCCCCAAGAGUAGGGUCCGUUGCAUUGCCCCCUUCCUAGGUCGUUUCUCCUUUCAGCCUUUCAGUGAGAACCCUCUUCUGGGACCCUCAGCAUUGACGCUACUGAACAUGGGGGCUCUGGCUGUGCAUAAAGUGGUUUACGAACAUCAGGGUUGGCGUCUCAUCACUUGCAUGUGGUUACAUGGUGGAGUAUUCCAUCUUUUGGCAAAUAUGUUUGGUCUUCUGGUCGUUGGAAUUCGGCUUGAAAAAGAAUUUGGGUUCGUGCUUAUAGGACUGCUAUUUGUGAUUUCUGGAUUUGGGGGUAGCUUGCUUUCUGCUCUAUUCAUUGGGGAAAGAAUCUCUGUGGGUGCUUCUGGUGCUCUUUUUGGCUUACUAGGAGGCAUGCUUUCAGAACUCCUUACUAACUGGUCUUUGUAUGAAAAAAAGCUAGGAGCACUCUUCACCCUUGUGUUUAUCAUUGUUAUCAAUCUAGCAGUGGGGGUUCUUCCACAUGUGGACAACUUUGCUCACAUUGGAGGGUUUCUUUCAGGAUUUCUUCUUGGAUUUGUGUUCUUGAUCCGUCCCCAGUUUGGAUGGAUUAAGCAACGAAAUGCUCCACAACCAUUUUCUCAAACAUUAAUUAAACCAAAAUUCAACAAAUAUCAGUGUAUCUCCUGGGUCCUAGCCCUGAUCCUGCUAAUUGUUGGGUUUAGUACUGGCCUUGUUGCACUUCUGCGUGGUGUUAAUGCAAAUGAUUACUGCUCCUGGUGCCAUUAUCUGUCUUGUAUUCCAACUUCAAGAUGGAGUUGCAAUCCGAAAAGUUCAUCUUGUGUGAGAACAUACAUUGGCAACCAGCUGAACAUGAUGUGCCCAAGCAAUGGAAAUUUCAGUACAUAUUAUAUGCAAAAUUAUCCGACCGAGUCCCAGAUAUAUGAAUUCUGUGUUCAGAUUUGUACCUGAGUUUUGAAAAUUUCCUUCUUCCUUAAUUAUGAUACAGAAAUCAUUCCUCUAGCCCUAAUUAGUAUAUUUGUUUAUAUCCUUUUGUGUAAGUAGUGAUUGAUUUGCUACCUAUUGUACUGAUAGGAAAAAAGUUACAUAUACAACAUAUUUGCAUUAUAAAA